AGACAAACAGCCAUUCAUGGGUGAAGACAACAGAACCUCUGUGACAGAAUUCAUCUUCCUGGGUCUCUCACAGGACCCACAGACCCAAGUCCUGCUCUUCUUCCUCUUCCUCUUCAUCUACCUGCUCACUGUGUUGGGAAACCUGCUGAUCAUCGUGCUCAUCCACUCAGACCCCAGACUCCACACCCCCAUGUACUUUUUCCUUAGAAACCUGUCUUUUGCAGAUCUCUGCUUUUCUACUACCACAGUGCCNCAGGUGCUUGUCCACUUCCUGGUGAAGAGGAAGACCAUUUCUUUUGCUGGGUGCUCCACACAGAUAGUGGUGUUGCUUCUGGUCGGAUGCACAGAGUGUGCACUGCUGGCAGUGAUGUCCUAUGACCGCUAUGUAGCUGUCUGCAAGCCUCUGCACUACUCCACCAUCAUGACACACUGGGUAUGUGUUCAGCUGGCUGCAGGGUCCUGGGCCAGUGGUGCACUUGUGUCCCUGGUGGAUACCACAUUCACAUUACGUCUUCCUUAUCAAGGUAACAAUGUCAUUAACCACUUUUUCUGUGAACCUCCUGCCCUCCUGAAGCUGGCUUCAGCAGAUACAUACAGCACAGAAAUGGCGAUCUUUGCAAUGGGUGUGGUAAUCCUCCUAGCACCUGUCUCCCUCAUUCUCACCUCCUACUGGAACAUUGUCUCUACUGUAAUCCAGAUGCAGUCUGGGGAGGGAAGGCUCAAGGUCUUCUCCACCUGUGGCUCCCACCUCAUUGUUGUUGUUCUCUUCUAUGGCUCAGGAAUAUUUGCCUACAUGAGGCCCAACUCCAAGAUAAUGAAUGAAAAGGAUAAAAUGAUUUCAGUGUUCUACACAGCAGUGACCCCAAUGCUGAACCCCAUCAUAUACAGCCUGAGAAACAAAGAUGUGAAAGGGGCUCUCAGGAGAAUAACUACAAAAUAA